GGGCCGGCACUGCCCGCUCCAGCCCGCCCCUGUGCGCAGCAGCUCCGCGCCCGCGCCGCUGGGGCAGCGAAGUUAAGGGAGGUAUUCUUAGGAGCACGAGAUGGGUUUUUCCAAAGCGUUCGUGAUCGCUAGAUCGUUUCCGAUACCUGCCGGCAUAUAUGAAUUACUCUAGGUUCAUCACCACUGUGAGUGCAGCAAGAAAAGCAUCUCCAAUAAGACUGCUGACUGAAUUGAUGCAGAAGUCUCCUCCAUCUCUCAUCUCUCUGGCUGGAGGGGCACCAAAUCCUAAUCUUUUUCCGUUUAAGAGGGCAACUGUUGACAUUGGACAUGGAACACCUAUUGAGAUUGGGGAGGAUCUGAUGAAGAGAGCUCUCCAGUACUCAGCCUCAGCAGGGAUUCCAGAAUUGUUGUCUUGGCUAAAAGAUUUCCAGCAGAACUUGCAUGAUCCUCCCACAGCCAAUUACAGUCCUGAGCAAGGACGGAUGGAAGUGUGUGUCACAACUGGCAGCCAAGAAGGCUUGUCUAAAGUGUUUGAAAUGCUCAUUAAUCCUGGAGACAACAUCCUUUUGGAUGCACCCACAUAUGCAGGAACACUAGCAGCUCUGAGACCCUUGGGUUGUAAUAUAAUUAAUAUUCCUAGUGACCAACAUGGCAUUAUUCCAAAAGCUUUAGAAGAAAUUCUGUCUGCUUGGAGCCCAGAGGAUGUAAAAAAUUGUAGCAAUCACCUCCCCAAAUUCCUAUACACUAUUCCAAAUGGAUGCAACCCAACUGGCAACUCACUGACCACAGAGCGCAAAAAGGAGAUUUACCAGCUUGCAAGAAAAUAUGAUUUUCUCAUAAUAGAAGAUGAUCCUUACUACUUUCUUCAAUUUGAAAAGCCAUGGGCUCCAACUUUCCUCUCAAUGGAUGUGGAUGGCCGAGUUAUAAGGACUGACUCUUUCUCUAAAAUUCUCUCAUCUGGUUUAAGAAUAGGUUUUCUGACAGGUCCCAAGCCUCUCAUCGACAGAGUUGUUCUACACAUUCAGGUGUCAACAAUGCACACCAGCACUUUCACACAGAUUAUGGUAUCACAGCUGCUUCAGCAAUGGGGACAAAAGGGUUUCUUGGAACAUGUAGACAGAGUGGUGGACUUCUACAGGAUCCAGAGGAAUGCAAUGCUCACUGCUGCUGACAAGUGGUUAAAAGAUUUGGCAGAAUGGUACCCUCCUGCUGCUGGCAUGUUCUUAUGGAUCAAAAUAAAGGGCAUUUCUGAUACACAGCAGCUGAUAAUGGAAAAGGCUUUGAAGAAAGAAGUAUUACUGGUUCCUGGAGGAGCAUUCAAUAUUGAUAGUUCAGAGCCUAGUUCUUAUGUCAGAGCCUCCUUCUCUCUGCCUUCUCCUGCCCAGAUGGAUCUGGCCUUCAAGAGACUGGCUGACCUCAUAAAAGAAUCUUUGUGAAAAAGCUAAAUAGAGCCCUUGCAGUAACAAAAAUCAUGUCCAGAAAAUAUUUAUUAACAUUUGGAUUUCAUCAGAACACUUUAUAAGUAAGCACAAUAAAGUGGAUGCUUCCUUAGAUCUUUUCAGCUUAAAAAAAAUGACAAAAAAUGAAAGUUGAAAUGAAACAAUUUGCCUAAUAUUUUUUGACAGGGCAUUGCAUGACUAAAUUUAUUGCAUGACUAAAUUCAGAAACAUUUAAAUACUCAAAACCAGGAUGUUCUAUUGCCCAUAAAAUCCAUGGUUUUGUUAGAUUUGAAUUGAUUUUUGUUCUGACUUUUGUUUUCCAUUUGAGUUGGGAAACAAAAAUCACUUACUUAGAAAGUUGCACUUGAAGUGGUGUUAGCCAGUGUUACUUCUCACUAUUAAUCUCAACUGAUACAUUCAUCCAAAAUCUUAUGUUGGACUUGUCUCAUGUGUCACUUCUGUUCUUGUCCUACUGUAUGACAUCUGGUUUUAAUGAUUUGAGGAUUAGUAAUUAAUUUUACUGAAGUUUUGUCAGAUGAAGCUGCUGUAACUAUGUUAAAAAAAUUGAUCCAGCAAAAUGAGGCUUUGAUUACAAAUAAACCGAAGUCCCUUGCAAUUUGUAAAA